GGAAAACUCGCUGGUGCGCGGGGACCCGGCCGGGCUGCCUCGCUCUGGCCUAAGCCCCGUGGCCCUCCGAGUGGUCCGGGGCGUGCUCGGGGGGUCCCCUCGGCUCCAGCACCGACCGCCGAGCCCCAGAAAUCGCCCGGAAAUGGGAGCCUGCGUGAAGUGCUGAUGGUCCCGCAGGGGAAGCUCAUGGACCCCAGCUCUCUGCCGCCCCCCGACUCCGAAGAUCUCUUCCAGGAUUUAAGUCACUUCCAGGAGACGUGGCUCUCUGAAGCUCAGGUACCAGACAGUGAUGAACAGUUCGUUCCUGAUUUCCAUUCCGAAAACUUAGCUUUCCACAGUCCCACCACCAGGAUCAAGAAGGAGCCCCAGAGUCCCCGCACAGACCCGGCCCUGUCCUGCAGCAGGAAGCCGCCACUCCCCUACCACCAUGGCGAGCAGUGCCUUUACUCCAGUGCCUAUGAUCCCUCCAGACAAAUUGCCAUCAAGUCUCCCGCCCCUGGUGCCCCUGGACAGCCGCCCCUGCAGCCCUUUCCCCGGGCAGAACAGAGUUUCCUAAGGUCCUCAGCCACCUCCCAGCCCCACCCUGCCGGCCAUGGGUACCUCGGGGAGCACAGCUCCAUCUUCCAGCAGUCCUCAGACAUAUGUCACUCCUUCACCUCCUCUCAGGGUGGGGGCCGGGAACCCCUCCCCACCUCCUACCAGCACCAGCUGUCGGAGCCCUGCCUGCCCUACCCCCAGCAGAGCUUCAAGCAGGAAUACCAUGACCCCCUGUACGAACAGGCGGGCCAGCCAGCAGUGGGCCCCGGUGGGGUCAAUGGGCACAGGUACCCAGGGGCGGGGGUGGUGAUCAAACAGGAGCAGAUGGACUUCGCCUAUGACUCAGAUGUCCCUGGGUGUGCGUCAAUGUACCUUCACACAGAGGGCUUCUCUGGGCCCUCUGCAAGUGAUGGGGUCAUGGGCUACGGCUAUGAGAAACCUCUGCGACCAUUCCCAGAUGAUGUCUGUGUCGUCCCUGAGAAAUUUGAAGGAGACAUCAAGCAGGAAGGGAUUGGUGCAUUCCGAGAGGGGCCCCCUUACCAGCGCCGGGGCGCCUUGCAGCUGUGGCAGUUUCUGGUGGCCCUACUGGAUGACCCAACAAACGCCCACUUCAUUGCCUGGACCGGCAGGGGAAUGGAGUUCAAGCUAAUUGAGCCUGAGGAGGUCGCCAGGCUCUGGGGCAUCCAGAAGAACCGGCCAGCCAUGAAUUAUGACAAGCUGAGCCGCUCGCUACGAUAUUAUUAUGAGAAAGGCAUCAUGCAGAAGGUGGCCGGUGAGCGUUAUGUGUACAAGUUUGUGUGCGAACCUGAGGCCCUCUUCUCUCUGGCCUUCCCGGACAAUCAGCGUCCAGCUCUCAAGGCCGAGUUUGAGCGGCCAGUCAGUGAGGAGGACACAGUCCCCUUGUCCCACUUGGAUGAGAGCCCCGCCUACCUCCCUGAGCUGACUGGCCCUGCCCAGCCCUUUGGCCCCAAAGGUGGCUACUCUUACUAGCCCCAGCAGCUUGGCCCCUGGCGCUAGAGGGUGCUGCCCUGUGUACACGUGGGGUUGGGGAAACCAUCCCUCAACCUACAGAUGUCUCUGGGACAGAACCCACUGUCCCGUCGGCUGAUCUCUGAGCUGCUCACCAGUCAAGGAUCGAGAGAGGAUUGUGGAGAAAGGCCAUGUCUAGAGGAGGAAAUCUCAGACACCCCCCUGGGGGUUCCCCUCUGCCC